AUGUGGCCCGAUACCGUGAAUGCGGGCGACCCUGCUGCCACCAAGCUUGAAAGAAGGACCAGAGGAGGAGGAUAUAAAAUACCUCUGGAGAAGACAUCAAUUAUCCGCACAUACCACUCCAGGAACAGUCACACCCUCCUUGAUCAACAACACGACACGAGCCACACUUGUUUUCCCACAGCCCCGGUACGAAAGGUGACGUCGCCGGUCGAAGGAAUCUCGCAUCUGGCUACAACCGGCCUCUGGCAACCAAUCGCCGUCAAGAGGUCAGCGGUUUCGGUGGUGUGGAUCACCAAAAGUCACAGUUUCCCCUUGUUGGCGCAUACAUUUAUACCGCUCAACCGCCAUGUUGCCCCCGUCAAGAAAGCCCUUGUUAUCUCGGGUUGUGAGACAAUGGGAAAUACACUUGAGCUUGACAAAUCUCGAACCUUGCACGCUUCUGGAGCACCCAGUGCGAUUCCUCAAUCUGCGGGCGAACCGGUCCACGCUGUCCACGCCGGUCCAGGACUGCAACCAGCAGUCCUGCCUGUCUGCUUGUUCCGUCCUUCCGCCGCCGCAAUUUGCCCGGCCGAGAUGGCCGAUGUAGGGCAAGUGCUCCGCAACACGAGCCAGGGACAUGGCAUUUAUCGGCUCCAUUUUGCUUGA